AUGGCUAGUGAAACUGAUUCUGUUAUAAUGAUGCAAUUUUCAUAUAAUACAUCAAAUAAUGGAGGAUGGCCACUAAUAGAUAUUUGGGAUGAGUAUGAUAUAAUUGACAAUGGAAAAGGAAAUUAUAAAGGGGUGAGGAAAGUGCCAAGGAAGAUUCAAUUUAAAGUACUUAGAAACCUUCAGAGUAUAGAAAAAUCUGGACUGUCUAAAUUUAUGACUUUAAAAAAAAGAAAAUUCUAUCCAUCAUCAUUGUCUAUGGAUACCUAUUAUAAUAUAAUUAAAGCUAUUGAUAAAGCUAAAGAAGCAAAGACCAACCAAUCAUUGAUUAAAUAG